AUGCAGUGCCAAGCUGGACCAUAUGAAGAAUCAAAUUCCUGUAAGCCCAACUCAGCAAUUAGACCGUCAGGAUGUUGGACAAUAGAUAGUGCUGGCCCAGGUGUGUUAGAAAGUAAGUGGAGUGUGAAACUGUUUGAUGAACCUUCCACUGGAUUGAAGGCAAAGAAACAGAAACAAGUUAGUUCCAACUAG